UCACUCACUAUCGAAAACUAUUAUGCACUUAAAGUCCUCUACGGCUCUAGGCAGAGUGCAUAAAGGUGUAUUUAAAUAAAAUUACUUUAUGUGCGACUGGCAGAGAGCUUCGAGAGAGCUGCCAUGGUUGCCAGUACUUUGCGACGGUUUGACUACUCGUUACGGGCUCAUCAUGACGGAUGAAAUUCCACCGAAGACUCUGUACGUCGGCAAUCUGGAUCACAGUGUUUCUGAGGAUUUAUUGUGCGCGUUGUUCUCACAAAUCGGUGUUGUCAGAGGCUGCAAAAUCAUCCGAGAGAUGACAAUCGUGCUGGUUUGCGCGCUGCUGAUCGGCCAGCACGUAGGAGCGGUGGUGAACAAGGCGUUGCCGCAAGCAUCGCCCAGCGAGAAUCCUGAGGAAAAGAAAAAUGAGAUAAAAGCCAACGAAAGAAUAAGCAACUCUUAUGGACCACCCGCCGACGACUAUGGACCACCGAUUGUAUCGGUGAAUGGUGGUUUCAAUGGACCAGCACCAGUCUACGGACCGCCGUUAAACAUUAAACCUCAUUACGGGCCACCAAAACAAACUUUUGGCCCAACGAAGCUUCACUUUGCUCCGCUAAAACAGCACUUCGGACCGCCGCCGCUUUCCUUCCCUUCGUUUAGACCACCAAAACCACAGUAUGGACCACCGUUAAAGUUGAACACGCCUCCACUCGCCGGUUUCCCACCGGUAUCGUCUUUGCCAAAUCAUUUGGGACCCGUUAAGUCUGGACAUGGACCACCCAUUCCUGUAUCCAUCGAAUCUUAUCGACCACGACCCGAACCACUUCCUCUUCCAGUGAAUCCAGAGUAUGGACCACCACCUCCACUUCCACCUCCUCAAUUAUCUAUUCAGUACGAAUUGAGUAACGCUAAUAUUCAUGGACCACCACCUCCACCUCCUGCAGGAGUUCCAGCACCUCCCACUCCACCUGAUAUAAUGUACGAUGGAUGGCAACCCAUAGCUGGACUUGCUAAUCAAAAUCAACAAGGACCACCGUUGAAACAAUAUUCAUCCUCCGAUGGUCAUCAUCUCAAGUACGUCGAAGAUACGACGAAUCCGAAUGUGCCCAGUGAUUCUUACGGUGUACCCAUCACUAAUCCAGAAGCUCAACAUUUGAAAACUUCUGUCCGUGAAUCCUCUGGCGAUAAAAACGGAUUGCCUCCACCACCAUUACCAGUGUACGACGGUGAUCAUAAUUCGAAUACUCACGCAUCAUCCUCAUCGUCCUCCUCUUUCCAUUCGGAUCAUCAUCAACAUAAUCAUCAGCAAUCAAACUUAAAAUACAACGUUGGAAACUCAGAUUCUCUUUCGAUCGUGAAAACCGUAGGUUUUGAGUUGCUACCCAAUACUGAAUCUUUGACCUCAGAUCUUCAAAGUUUGACUCACGGAAGCAAUUCUGGUGUUUCCUCAUACGAACAUUCAUUAACGUCCCUAAACAUCGAUGGUGACUCGAAUUCGGGACAUUCUGUAUUACCAUUGCAAGAACUGGAUGAAUCGUCUCACGAUGCUUCAUUCGGAAACGGAGAAUCUCACGGAGUUCAUAACGUCAACGAUAUCACCUUGCAACAACUACCGGGACUGACAUCAGUUAAUUUCGGAAAGGUCAAUGGAAUCGUCGGUGGUUCUUUGCUUCCGCCACCUACUGAUUCCUAUGCAGCACCACCACUCUCUUCAUACUCAUCAGAUGGACCUUAUCCAGCAGCUCAAUCUGGUCGAACUGGACCAACAUUCUCACCGUUUGGACAUUUCGGUACUUCCUUCCAGAAACAUGGCUCGCAUCAUCAUAGAUUUCACGGACACUUUAGAUUACACGGUCCACCUUCAUCACCUCCAGCAUCUUUAAUACCACCUAGAAAUCGAGAACCGAUCAAAUUCCGAGAGCCAAUUCCCAUAGCACUGAUAUCCAAUCUUCAUCGUUACCUUCCGUCGUUACCUCCUAUUGACCUGACAAAGCCACUUAAAUUACACGCUCCUCAUCUAUCGUUCGGCCCUCAGCUACCUAGUUUGAACGCUCCUCUUUCAUUUCAUCAAUCAUCUGAAUCCGAUCAUUCCUUAUCGAACACCUUCUCUAACAGUGGAUCUUUCGGCAAAUUCAAUUCUCACAGUUUGAAUUCUCCAAUGGCUGCACCCAAUGCGCAAUACGGAACUCCAUUAUCCUUCACGGAUUUCAAUACGCCAGCUCCGGUUCCAACCUAUGGUGCACCUAAUUUUGGACCAGCUUCUACAUUUGGUUUCACGUCAAAUGGCUUUGGGACAAAUCUUUAUGACGGAAUAGGAAAUGGUCUGACCAGCGUUUAUGGAACUCCUGUAAUAAAUCCACCUCUAACGAUUACUACUGGUGAUUGUAAUUACCAGCAGUUCAACAGUGACACGGAUUUUGGAUUUGACAAGGGUACCAAUCACUUGUUGCCACCCUCUGUUCUUCCAGUGUUACCAAGUUCGACAGGAGAGGAAGAUAAUUCUUUACUCAAAUCACCACCAGCUUUAUCUUCAAUUUCGGAUUCUUUGAAUUCGUAUAUUGCACCACCUGUAAACACGUUAGAUUUGGAGAAUUAUGAGCAACGGAAAGUUGGCUUGAAAGAUAGUUAUGGAAAUCCAAUAGGAGUUUCUUAUGAAUCAUCGAAUCAAGCGAUUGAUUCGGACGUUCAAAGUAAUGAUCAUGUUCAUUCGUCGACUGCCGGAGUAACAAAUAUUUUAUCUCUUUCCUCUUCCUCAUCAUCAUCAUCAUCUUCUUCUUCCUCUUCUUCUUCCUCUUCUUCUUCUUCUUCUUCUUCUUCUUCAUAUUCUGGCCCAUCCCAAAGUUCUUUCUCUCCUGGAAUAUCCUUACACCAACAUGGAACCUCUGCCGAGGCCUUAACAGCUAGCUUAACGGCUCAAGGUUAUGGCGAAGCUAAGAGUCUUAGCUCGAACGAGGUAGAUGCUAGUCAAUACUUGAAGACUGAUGAAGGUAGUCAAGCAUUAGCUCUAGCACAAGGUCUGACUGCUGAUGGUCCAAAUGGCUUUCAAAUUCAGGGAUCAAAAGGCACGUACACUCUACAGAUUCAACCUGCUGAUGGUGGAUUAGGAACGGAAAAUUCUGACGGUAGCAUAAGACACGAUCAAGUUCUUUCAAAUGGCCUUCUUCAAGAUAUUCUUGCGGCGAUCGAGCAACCAGAUCAAGGUCGAGUCGAACUUCAAGGUCCACCUCAAUCUCAACCAUUGGAAGAAGUUCACAGUGAUCAAUUGUCUGGAUCUAACAGCAUCUCUCAUCAGAAUGGACAUUAUAUCACGGUUCAAAAUAAGGAGGACGAAGAGAUAAAUCAACUUAUCCGACAAGUCAGCGAUAGAAGUGGUCAAUCAUCCAAUAACGACGAAAGAAAUUCAUCUAAAAGCGAAGCAAUCGCUUUGUUCUUUAAUAAUCAAUAUGUGGAUAACACGAGAAAGGAUACGAGAUCUGUGAGCAAAGUGGAGAAACAAGCGAAUACUUCGAUCUCCGUGAAGAAUUAAUAAAGUGAAAUGAUAUUUACCUGAACUUUUUCGUGAAAUAGUGUGCCUGUGAAAAUUAUCUAAAUACGUGUUAAGAAAAAAUUGUGUCGUUACUUUCGAUAUCAAGUUAUGCUCUAAUUUAGAUUCUUUUUAAAGAUAUUUAUCGAAACUAAAACUCUGUGUUAGAUUUUAGAUUUAUGGUGCUCCGUCAUUGUCUUUGAUCGUGUUCGAAGAUCAAAGAUAUCCUAAAGGAAUAAGAAGACGUGCUUCGUUCGUAGCAGAAACUAAACGAGAAACACGAUAGUCGCUGAUCGAUUCGUAUUAAACGCGUCGUUGAAAUACCACUUGAAGUAAUCCGAGUAGAACGUGAGAGAAGUGAGAAAAGAAUCGAGGAGGAGUUUGUUCAACACUCUUCUCGUUUGCCUUUGGAAAAAGGGAAAGUGAUAAUUACGCGUUGGCUAAUGUAUCGAUAACAGGUUAUUAGAAGAAUAAUCUGCUUACUUAAGAAUAUCUCACCUCGAGUUACUCGGGUGUUACGAGUGUUCUUAGAAAGUUUAGAGUAUCAUUAUCGUUCUAAUACCAUUCUUUAUUUAUUUUCUUUCUUUCUUUGCCGAGAGAUUUUGAGAAAGCAGGUUCUAUUAUCAGGGCGAACUUAAUUGCAAUAUAGUAAAGAUUAAAGAUGCUCCAAAGUGUAGCCUGAAACUAACUUGUCUCCUCUUUAAUACAUUUAUCUAUUCUAGGUCAAAUAAUAGAGAAGUUAUGCGUAGAGAAAAAAAGAAAGUUCAUGAUUAAUUAUUAAAGGAGAUUCGUCGAUUCUUUGUUCUCAUUUAAACAUCUGUGAAUUUUGGUGCCCCUCAAAGAAAAGAAGAAAUCGAAAGAUGAAACGAACCGACUUGUGAUCCUUAGGAGAAUCAACUCCAUGUUGUACUUUCGAUCGACGAAUCUAGGUCAUCGGGCUACGGGCUUUGACUCGCCGUAGUGAAAUGUGUGUUACCGUCGCUCUCUAACAUUCGCCAAGUGUACUCCUUCGUUCAAG